AUGGAUAGGUUUUGGAGUGCCCCUCCGGUCACUCGCAGGACGAUUGUGGCAGCCAUGUUUGCAGAGUCUGCUCUUGUCCACGGAGGUCUCCUCAAUCCCAUGUCCGUUGUAUUCUACUCGCCAUGGAUCUUUAAGUUUCCUCCGGAACUGUGGCGUUUACUAUCCUCCUUUAUCUUGACUGGGGCCGGGUUCUCCUUUAUUUUCGACCUCUACUUCAUGUAUACCUAUGCCUUGGGACUGGAACUCAAUUCCCCUCGAUUCAGUCAACCUGGGGAUUUCUUCACCUACGUGGUGUUUGUUGCUACAGUCAUCUUGGGGACCGGAGGACUUGUCCUGGGAGGUCAUGUCUUUACUCAAACCCUCCUCCUUGCUUUCAUUUAUACCUUCGCUCAAGACAACCGUGGCAAGAAAGCCCACUUUGUCAUUGUCCAGAUUCCAGUCGAGCUGCUUCCCUGGGCCAUGCUCACACUUACCCUGGUCAUGGGCGGCCCACAAGCGGCCUUGCAGCAGGCAAUGGGAGUUAUUGCGGCGCACCUGUACGAUUUCCUCACAAGGUUGUACCCGACCUUUCAAGGCGGCAGAAAUUAUAUUCAAACUCCAGCGGCCGUCAGGCGGCUAUUCGGAGCAGAUAGAAGUGCCUUUACCCAUCACGCCCACGGUACGAGCUUUAGACCCGGAAGACCUGUCCCUCAGCAACAGAGCAGAGGUUGGGCCAGCGGUUUCUCCAGCAGCUGGGGUGGUAGAGGCGCUGGUCGGAGACUUGGCGGAGACUGA